UCAUCAAUCAAUGAGCGCGCCGGUAAUAAGACGUGGUAACAGCUUCGUAUAGAGUAGACAGACUUCUUCGUUUGGAGACUUUGAGUGUAACUUUUGUGUGCGUGUGUGUGCACCGGACAGUGGUGUGAGUUUGUGUGUAUACUGUUUUGAAGUUCAAGGUAGGGCGUACCGGCGUGUAGUGCCUGCUACGUCAGAUAUAGUGUUGUUUGUGGUGUGUGUGUGUGUGUGUGUGUGUUGUAGCGCGGUGUGCCCCGUUUUUACUGUGUUUUGCGCUGUGUGGAUCGAAACCGUUCACUGUUCAGUAGGCACUACUAUUAGGCAGUAGUAUACUUGUCCGCGGGCAGUAGCGUCUGUUGACCGUAGUACGUUGUCGCGUGUUGAAGUACAGCCGGCGUUUUUCUUCCUGCAAUUGCAAUACGCCAGUCGAGUGCAGUACACGUUCUUCUUGUCUUUGACGUUUAUUUUUUUUUUUUGCAACCAACGCGAUCACCGCACGAUAAUCGCCAUGAAUGGUUACAAUAACCAUGAAAUUAGUGAAGGAGGUAUCAAACAGUCUUCUGUAUCCCCGUGCAGCUGUUGGACAAUAGGAUUGGUCAAUGUUGAUUCAAAACGUUACUUAACGGCUGAAACUUUUGGAUUCAAAAUAAACGCUAACGGAGCAUCAUUAAAAAAGAAACAGUUAUGGACACUCGAGCCAACUAGUACCAAUAACAGCCCAUUAUUGUGUGACGGGCCUACAACUACGAUUCGUUUGCGCUCACAUUUGGACAAGUACUUAGCCGUAGAUACUUUUGGAAAUGUUACUUGUGAUGGCGAAGAUCCUAGCGACCCUGGAACUGUAUUUCAAGUGUCAGUAACCGAUGGGAACACUGGUAGCUGGGCGUUAAAAAAUGUUGUACGCGGAUAUUUCUUGGGUGCUUCAUCGGACAACCUCAAAUGCACUGCAAAAGCGGCUGGCUCUAGCGAACUAUGGUUAGUUCAUUUGGCUGCAAGACCUCAAGUGAAUCUCAGAUCAGUUGGUCGUAAACGUUUUGCUCAUUUAUCCGAAAAUCUUGACGAAAUUCACGUUGAUGCAAAUAUUCCCUGGGGCGAGGAUACUUUGUUUACAUUAGAACUGCGGCCUGACGAUGAGUUCAAAUACGCUAUACACACAUGCAACAAUAAAUAUUUGUCUAGAGACGGAAAAUUGGUAGACACUUGUACGUCCAACUGUUUGUUUUCUUUGGAGUACCACUCAGGAGGUUCAUUAGCUCUCAGAGACAAAGCUGGUGGUUAUUUGUCGCCAAUCGGAUCUAAAGCUCUUUUAAAAACGAGAUCGCAAUCCGUUACAAAAGAUGAGUUAUUUACACUUGAAGAUUCUUUACCACAAGCCAGUUUCAUUGCAGCAUUGAACUCAAAAUAUGUAUCUGUUAAACAAGGUGUGGAUGUAACGGCCAAUCAAGAUGAAAUAUCAGACCAUGAGACUUUUCAACUAGAAUUUGACCCGUCGACGAAAAGAUGGUAUAUACGUACAAUGCAAGAUAGAUACUGGACACUGGAAACUGGUGGCGGAAUUCAAGCCGUAGCUGAUAAAAAGUCAUCGAAUGCACUGUUCGAGUUGGCUUGGCAAGGAGAUGGCUCUGUAUGCUUCAGGGCUAACAAUGGCAAAUAUGUAUCGACAAAACGGUCGGGUCAUCUUUAUGCUAAUGUCGAUGCUAUCGACGAUGCUUGCAAAUAUUUCUUUUAUUUGAUCAACAGACCCAUUUUGGUUUUGAAAUGUGAACAAGGAUUUGUGGGCUAUAAAUCAUCGACAAGUUUACGUCUUGAAUGUAACAAAGCUUCAUACGAGACAAUUCAGGUAGAACGUUCUGACCGAGGAAUAGUUUUCUUCAAAGGUCAAACAAACAAAUAUUGGCAUGCCAAUGACGAAGGCGUAUCAGUGGAAGCGGAUAUUCCUGAAGGUUUUUUCUUAGAACUAAGAGAGCCUACAAGAAUAUGCAUUAAGAGUGUUUCGGGGUAUUAUUUAUCUGCUGGUAAAAAUGGCAUGUUUAAACUAGGCGAUGGCGAUUACAACAAUGCUACUAAAUGGGAAUAUUAAUAUGAUUAAAUUAUAGUAUGCAAACCUUAACCUAACUUCCACUUAAAUUUUGUGUUUGUUAGUUUUACUUCUCAUUAUACUAAUUUACAUUGUAUGGAAUGACAUUGAUCUGUGCAUAUGAUAUUUUAAUCGAGUAGGCAGCCUAUAGGUUAUUGAAGUCUUUAUCUUGUACCUAAUAUUUUCACUGUUGUGGUGCAAUAUACAAUAGCGGUGUUUUACACGGUUUAAAAAAAACAACAAUGAUAAAAUUAUUUAUAUUUAUAGUUCUAAAAGUGAUCAUAGUUCACAGAGAUAACGAUUUAAUUAUAAGAGUAGAAACAUGUUUGAAACAUUUGCCAAAGCUAUAAUAUACAAAUAUCGAUUUAUAUUAUGAUAAAUACAAUUUUUGUUUUACUGUCGAGAAUUUAUGAACUCGGUACAAAUGCACAUACUAUGAAUAUUUUUUUACUAAAACGUUUCUUUUUCUACAGUUUUUAUAUGAAACAAAAAAUUGCUCAUUAAAAUCUAAAAUACACAAUAAUAAAAAAAAAAAAAAUUUGAAUUAUAGU